UCAGAAGGAGUCUCACCUUUUGUCUUUCUGUUAAAUGCUAUUUUCUCUACAGUGAGUCAAUAUAAAGACAAACUGGAACGUGACUGUUGCUUAGAUGGAAUCCGGGAAACCCCAACUUCAUCUAACUGUGAGAAGCGUAGUGAGUUUAUCGCUGAUACAGCCUGUUUUGAGGCUUUCCUGCACUGCUGCAAGGAAAUGGAAAAAAAGAGAGCUGAGAGGAAGGAGGAUGGCCUCAAACUGGCUCGCAGUGAGGAUGAUGACAGCAGUUUCAUGGACAGCAAUGAAAUUGUUUCCCGCACCAAUUUCCCUGAAAGUUGGCUGUGGUCUGAUAUCAAAUUGCCUGCUUGCCCUGGGAACAGAGCUAGAUGUGAAACAACAUCAGUUUCGAAAAAUGUUCCUUUGCAAGACUCAAUUACAACCUGGCAGCUCACUGGUAUUAGUCUAUCAAAGACUCACGGUAUCUGUGUGGGUGAUCCAUUAGAGAUAGUUGUCCGUAAAGAUUUCUUUGUUGAUCUGAAGCUACCGGACUCUGCUGUUCGUGGGGAGCAGCUAGAAAUUAAGGCAGUCAUCCACAACUAUGGUCCCAAUCUUUACACAGUGCGCAUUGAUCUGACUGAGGCGGAACAUGUGUGCAGUGCAGCAUCUAAACGUGGGCAAUUUCGUCAGGAGAUUAAAGUCGGGGCCAAAAGUAUACGAUCUGUACCAUUCACCAUCAUUCCUACAAAAGAGGGACAGCACCGCAUUGAGAUCAAAGCAGCUGUCAAAGAAGUUGUCAAAGACUCAGAAUUGGGUAUCAGUGAUGGAAUUGUGAAAAUGCUACAAGUAGUGGUAAGAAAGAAAGACAUAUUCUACCAACUCACAUAGCUCCCUACCUUUAAGAGACACAUGAAGUCAUUGAA